AUUCAGCUCGAGCACAAUCGACUGAGCUCGGUCUCCGCUGCAAUCUGCCGUUACCGUGAUGGCACAAUUCCUGUUCAUCGGAGUCAUUGUCUUCCUGGCUGGAACAAAGGCCCAAGCGCAGACGAACAGACCCAACAUGGUGUUCUUCCUCACGGACGACUUGGACUUGGAGCUUGGCAGCAUGAUGAAACCCCUCGUGAGGACACGAAUGCUCAUUGGAGACGACGGAGUGACUUUCGCCAAUGCGUACGUGACGACGCCACUGUGCUGCCCAAGCCGUUCGAGCAUCCUGACGGGCCGGUACGCGCACAACGCCGGCGUCUUCAACAAUUCGCUCUCCGGAGGAUGCAGCUCGCGGGGCUGGCAGCGAGGUCCCGAGAGAAGCGCGUUCGCCGUGGACCUCCAGCGGGCCGGCUACGAGACCUUCUAUGCCGGGAAAUACCUCAACCAGUACGGCCACAAACGGGCUGGCGGCGUGCACCAUGUGCCUCCGGGAUGGACCAACUGGAACGGCCUGGUGGGAAACUCGGUCUACUACAACUACACGCUGUCCAUUAAUGGUACGGCGGAAAAGCACUACGAUAGCCCGAAGAAGGACUACCUCACCGACGUGCUGAGAGCCAAGACACUGUCAUUUCUAGAGGGCCGAGUAGAUCAGCGGCGUCCCUUCUUCAUGAUGGUGAGCACGCCUUCGCCGCAUUCGCCAUUCACGCCCGCAGUACGCCACAUGGACGCAUUCCCCAACCUGAAGGCGCCUAGGACACCGGCAUUCAACAUCAGCGCCAACGGGGUAGGCCUCACCUUCGUCACCGCUUGGUGGGAAGCGACGGGGAAAUAUCAAUAG